UAGUAAAAGUUGGGAUCGCAGCUCCGCGGAGAGACGCGGAAAACACACGGGAGGACACUCACACAGACAGGCGGACACUCACACCGGCGCUCCGGCGGCUCCGCAGGCUCCAUUAAACACUCUGUUCCCAUGCGUUCUUGACGCCCAGCUCGCUCUGGAGACUGUGGGGGGGUGGAAAUGCUGCGAGGAGGAGCAGAGCUUUAGGUCGCUUUACUUUCUCUCAAGUUGAAGGCAGAUUUUUUUUUUUUUUUUUUUUUUUUUUUAACAGAGGAAGAGGAGAAAAUACUUGUUCUUGUUCUGAAGUUUUGGCAUCGGGGCAGCUCGGUAAAUGUUUUAGGACGGCGUGAAUUUGCUCCAGCGGUUUCGGCGGGGAAGUGGCGGGGUAAUAAAAACCCCCCGAGCUGUCAAAGCUGCCGAUGACUACUGCAAACUGCCCCGGGAGCGAGGAGCUGGACUUCAGGCUGAUCUUCGGAGAGGACGUGCAGCAGCAGCCCUUAGGCCCCCCAGAUUUGGAGCCUGAUGACAACACAUCAUUUUAUAUCCUAAACGUGGGCCAGGCCCAGUCCAUGGUCACUAACCACCAGCCUAUUGGCCUGCCUCGUCAUGGCAUGCACUCCCACAGCCACAUCAUCAACACGUCACCACGUCCUCUAUCCCACAAACCAGGGACGGAGCAUCUCGGCUAUGGGGCACACGACUCCAAAAAUGGCACUUCCCCUCUACUUCCCUCUGCUCCUAUGGUAGCACCAAAGGCCUUUGAGUGCCCCAGUAUCCAGAUCACAUCCAUCUCCCCUAGCUGUCAGCAGGAGAUGGACGCCAACGAGGGGGACCUGAGAGCAAACGGUCCUGAAGGGGAUUACCACAGUGACAGGCCCUUGUCCAGAGACCAUUUGUACUUGCCGCUGGACCACUCGUACCGGGACUCGUCGCUCAGCCCUAGCCCAUGCAGCAGCCUCUCUUCCAGGAGCUGGUUCUCUGACGCUUCCUCUUGUGAAUCAUUUUCACAUGUCUAUGAUGAUGUUGACUCAGAGCUAAAUGAAGCAGCUGCCAGGUUUACUCUGGGCUCUCCUCUGACUUCUCCGGGUUGUGCCUCCCCCCAAACUGCUCCUGGAGUUUUGGAGGAGCAGCCACAUUGGCAGCAUCACCACCCUCCCUUUGGACACCAGACUCACUCCAUCAGCCUUUCUCCUAGACAGUCCCCCUGCCAUUCACCACGCACCAGUGUGACUGAUGAAAACUGGCUGAGCCCUCGGCCACAUUCUAGGCCUUCCUCACGUCCCACUUCACCGUGUGGGAAAAGGCGCCACUCGAGCGCUGACAUUUGCUACCCUAGUUCAUUGUCUCCUCAUCACUCACCAACACCCACACCAGGACCUUCACCUCGAGGUAGCGUGACAGAGGACACUUGGUCUGGGAGUCCCUCUGUAGGCUUGUCCCCUUUUCAGUGCUGCCCGUCUGAGACGGACAUCCCAUCCAAGACAAGAAAGACCUCGCAGGACAGAACAGCUUUGCAGACUGGGAAAGGGGAGCUUGGGCUAGACGAGCAAGGAAAUAUGUCUCCGAAUUUGGACUCUCCUUCAGAUGAGACCCUGCACAGCUUGAAAAAGGAUGGGCCUGGGGAACAGUUCCUCUCGGUGCCCUCCCACUUCUCAUGGAAUAAACCCAAGCCUGGUCAUACACCUAUUUUCAGGACGUCCUCACUGCCACCGCUAGAUUGGCCACUACCAAGCCAGUUUGGCCAGUACGAACUAAAGAUCGAGGUUCAACCCAAAGCCCACCACCGUGCUCACUAUGAGACUGAGGGGAGCCGAGGAGCCGUUAAAGCAUCGUCCGGUGGACAUCCAAUCGUCAAGCUCCUUGGCUACAGCGAGAAGCCUGUCAACCUGCAGAUGUUCAUCGGAACAGCGGAUGACCGUUACUUGAGGCCGCAUGCCUUCUACCAGGUGCACCGGAUCACCGGGAAAACCGUAGCCACGGCCAGCCAAGAAAUUAUUUUGUCCAGCACCAAAGUUCUCGAAAUUCCACUCCUUCCUGAAAACAACAUGUUAGCCAGCAUUGACUGUGCUGGCAUACUCAAGCUGCGGAACUCGGACAUCGAGCUGCGGAAGGGCGAGACGGACAUCGGAAGAAAGAACACACGGGUCCGCGUGGUGUUCCGAGUUCAUAUCCCUCAACCCAACGGGAAGGUGCUGUCUCUGCAGGCCGCCUCCAUUCCUGUAGAGUGCUCCCAGCGCUCAGCCCAAGAGCUGCCUCAGGUUGAGAAAUUUAGCCUGACCAGCUGUCUGGUCAGCGGGGGUGAAGAGAUGGUUAUCACCGGCUCCAACUUCUUCCCAGAAUCCAAGGUCAUCUUUCUGGAGAAAGGCCCUGACGGACGACCACAGUGGGAAGUUGAGGCAAAAAUAAUCCGUGAGAAAACUCAGGGUUCGUGCAUCAUGGUGGAGGUCCCUCCCUACCAUAGUAAAACUGUGAGUUCAGCGACGCAGGUGCAGUUUUAUGUCUGCAAUGGAAAACGGAAAAGGAGCCAGUCACAACGCUUCACCUACCUUUCAGUCAUGGUGAAACAGGAGCACAGAGAAGAGCUGGACCUUCCUGCUGUCCCCCCCAUCUCCAUGCCCUUGGCACAUGCUGCCAGUGUGGUGCGCACCCAGCUGCCUUCUCCUGAGCAGAGCCACCCAUCGGACAGCCUUCUGUCCAGCCCCGCUCACAACCUGGCGGCGGGCUCCGGACACGGCCUGCUACCUCUGCCGGGCCCCGGCCCCUCCCUGGGCUCCCCAUCCUUCCAGCACCUGCCUCACCUCCAGGGUCGGAGUUUGCACCACCCCCCCGCAGACUGCCACAUGCCGUUCCAACAGAGCUCGGCCCCUGCUCCCCUCCGGCCCUCCUACCAGCCUUUGCAACACAGCCACGCUCACAGCCUCUCCUUCAACGGGCAAGCUAAUCUUUCUCCUCAGGGCUACGAGAGGUUGCCGUUUCAGCAGAACCCAACUGCCGGAUCACAUCCCAUUGGCCUGGCAAUGGUAUACCCGUCCUCCCCGUCCUCCUCCCCAACAGCACCGUCCUCCACAGCUACCAACCCCAUCGUUGGAUCCCCCCAGAGCCAGCAACCCCUACUCCCCCACUCUCCCCAGCACCUGCAGAGACUGGGAGGCUAUCUCAGCUCACCCACUCACAACCAGGUGCACUCUCCGGGCGGACACCCCCUCACCGGACAACACUCCUCACAGCUGCAGAGAGCUAUGGGCUAUCAUCCAGUAAGUCAAAGGUCGGCUUCCUGUCCCACACCAGCCACUGCCCCGCCUCCACAAAUGAUCCCCAGCCCCCACUCUGGGCCUUCUUCUCCUCAGGUCCACUCGCUGCCCUACCAGUCUCCCACUUCCUCAUCCCCCACCUCAGCCGGCAGCCCCCUGGGGCCCCUGCAGCAGCACCCAGGACAGCUUUCUCCUCAGGCCACCAGCCCAGUCAUGGCCAGUCUCUCUCCCGCAUCAGUGGGGCCCCUGGUUCACCCUUUAAGUCCCCAGGGCCCGUUUUCCUCAGAGGGAGAGAGAGUAAACAUUAAACAAGAGCCAGAGGAAAGGGAGCCCACCUUCCGCUCCAUCGGCCUGCAGGACAUCACGCUGGACGAUGUGAACGAGAUCAUCGGCAGAGACAUGUCCCAGUCCCCCAGCGCUCACGGCCCUCCGCCCGCUCACAACCAGUCUUAGCACCGCCUUUGCUCCAGCCCUGAUUCAACCUCCAGAGUCGCACGCCGCUCUCCCUCCAGCUCUCAACCUGCAGACGCCCCGCAGCUCCAAACGGGAAGCCAGGAGACCGCAGACGG